AGGUGGAUGUGAGCAGCAUCUCUGGAGACAGAGUUGGGUUUGGAGGAUCAUGGCUUCCACACUGAUGCUCCUGCUUCAGCUGCUCCUGGUCUCACUGGUGUCAGCUUCUCAUUAUUUUGGGGGAACCACGACCUACACCUACAAAGGAAGAAACCCUGAUGGCUCAUUUAAGGUGGAAAUUCGGGACAGGGACACCUAUGAUGGAUGUUACUACUCCCUCUACUGGUAUUGUUCCAGUGGAUACUGUGGCUACACCUCCACAAGUCAGAGAGGCAUACUGGACAGGAGCACCAAUGCUCCACAGUACAAUGGACAAUGGUGUGAAGCUGAAACUGUCACCACGCGGGUUGUCCCGACCAACAGACCUUUUGAAAUGCGGGCAGCGAGCUGCUGCUGGAUCCCCACACGUAGCUAUUACUGGGGCCAUUCAUGGUACUUGAACACUCUUGUGGAUUUGGGAGAAAGAUCUGACACUGGAGAACCAAACAGAUCACCAGAAAUUGCCAUCCUACCUUUCCUCAGAGUUCCUGAAAACUGCCCACGGACUUACAAGCUGCUGUCAUUUGAUCCUGAUGGAGACAAAGUCAGAUGCAGAUAUGGAAAUCCAGGAAGUGCGGAGUGCUACGGCUGCACGCAACAUUCAGGCUUCCACUUAGACCAGGACUCCUGCACGUUACACUACCAAUACACUAAUGCUGACCCCAGGGUGAAUUCAUUUGAGUUGGUGGUGGAGGAUUUCCCACAAGGACACAUCAGUCUGAGCUACUCUGAUGGAUCCCAGUCCUCCAGGUCUCCUCUGUCUGCAAGACGGAAACGAUGGGUCGCAUAUCCAACAACUACAUACCCCCCCACUACCACAUCAUGGUGGUGGUGGACAACUACAACAGCCGCACCCACUACAACUACAGCUGCACCAUGGUGGUGGUGGUGGGGUCAACUACAGCCGCUCCCACUACAACUACAGCCGCUCCCACUACAACUACAGCCGCACCCACUACAACUACAACUGCACCCACUACAACUACAACUGCCCCCACUACCACAUCAUGGUGGUGGUGGACAACUACAGCUGCUCCUACUACAGCUGCACCAUGGUGGUGGUGGUGGGGGUCAACUACAGCCGCUCCCACUACAACUACAGCUGCUCCCACUACAUCUACAGCUGCACCAUGGUGGUGGACUACGGGGAGACCGCUGCAGGCGACCUCUCCUCCCCUCAGUAAACUACCGUUGCAGUUCUCUUUCCUUGUGGAUCCACCUGCUCCUUCAUGCCAGGAGGGACUAUACUUGCCCCAGUUUGUGCACCCAACACCUGCACACGGACAGCGCAUUCACGCAGAGGUCAACAAAGAGGUGGAGAUCAGAAUCAAAGCACAGGCUUCAUAUGCAGCAAUACAAGAUAUCAUCAUGAGUGGGCCAAUGAAUAUGACCAAGCACAGAACUGCACAUAAUGAGUUUGUGCUUCGGUGGACGCCGUUCUCCAGCGAUCUGGGGGAUUAUUUCCCAGUGUGCUUUGCUGUUGAAUCGGCGACAGGGUCAGCAGUGACCAGUUUUCCAGGCAAUACCCACUCUCAUAACCACGGCACCCCGACUUCACAGUCCGGCGCCUAUCAGUCCGAGAUGAGGUGUGUUAUUUUGAAAGUUGGAACGGAGGAAAUUAAAACCAAGGUGACCUGCUCUGAGUCUGAAAUGAGAGUAGAGGUGGAGAAAUCGUCCCUCCGUGGACUCCGUGAGGAUCAGCUGCGUCUCAGUGAGCCCAGCAACACCCUCUGCAGCCUGGAGAGAUACUCCAACAGCACUCACAUCAUCGGCAUCAUCCCUCUCAACGCCUGUGGCACUCAGAUCGAGGAAGACGAGGAACAUCUCAUUUUCAAGAAUGAAAUCACCACAGUGGAUGACAGCAGUGCUCUGAUCACCAGGAAACAUAACCUGGAAGUAGAGUUCUACUGUCAGUAUCCCAAAAAGGGGAACGUGUCACUGGGCUUCACAGCACACAGGAAGAAUGUGGAAGUGUUUGAUAAAGGCUUCGGCACGUUCACCUACCAGUUUGAGUUUUACCCCGACAACCAGUUCAGAACCAUCAUUGAUCCGAGUUCGUACCCUCUGGAGUAUGACGUAGGGCAGAAGAUUUACAUGGAGAUAGACGCUUCCUCCAUAGUCAAUGGCACCGAGAUGUUUGUGGAGUCCUGCAGAGCCUCACCGUACGACAACCCCAAUUACCAACCAACCUACUCCAUCAUUGAAGACGGGUGCCCCGUGGACCCAACUGUGAUGAUCCAUGAGACCGACAACAAGAGACAGUUUAGAUUCUGCAUCGAGGCCUUCAAGUUCAUCGGUUUGCACGAUCAGGUAUACAUCAGCUGUUCAGUAAUGAUGUGUGAAGCAGGGAAUCCCGACAGCAGGUGCUCACAGGGAUGCAUCAACUCCACAUCAAACGAUCACCACCACUCCCACCGCCGAAAGAGGGACUCUGCCAUCCAGACUGCAACGCACUUCGUUUCCCAGGGUCCUCUGCGCUUGAAGAGGUCAGCAGACAUCAGCAUGAGUGCAGGGAACAACCUGAACCUGAACCUGAACCUGGUCUUCAUCGCUGGAUGUCUUCUUGCUGCUGUUGCCAUGAUCUGUGGAGUGCUCCUGUACAGGGCCAAAAUGUCAAAGGUCAAAUACCAGCGUUUGGCCUUGAGUGACAGUUAAGACAGCAGUGUAAUCAGAAUACCAGUUCCUGCAUUACUUUUGAACGAACCAAAUUUUGCUGUCAGGGUUUCGGGGGUUGUGUAUAAUGUUUAAAUGACUGAUGAAUUUAAUUCUUUCUAAUUCAGCUUUGUGUAGUGUAAAUUCACAACAACAGUUACCUCAGUUAGCUUUAUAAUGUAGGGCACAGUCCCAGCUGUUACAGCUGUAUUUGUGUUUGCGAGCUUUAAGAGCGAACAGAAAUUCCAUCACUGCAGAUGAAAAACAAGACUUUGAAUGAUGAAUCUUUUGAUUGUUGUUCAGUCAUGUAGCUUUACAGCAGCUUUUCUUUUUAUAUGUUAGAGUGUGAUUUACAGAAAGUGUGAAAGUUAAUGUGUGCUCCUCUAUAAUCAUUUGUGUGCACAUGUGAAUAAAUUUGAGACCAACAUUAAGGCGGUUAUUAUACACUUUCCUUCAAUAAAAAUCAAUAAAGGCACUCUCAUGUGUUAGUGCUCUUCUUUCAUUCUCUGCUGUGCCUUCAAAUGCCUGAGAGGCUCCUGUCCUCAGUUAAAGUGUUGCAUCAGCCACUGUAUUUCAUUACCCUGUAUUUAUACAUGUGUAAUGACAAUAAAGUUAAAUUCUAAUCAGUGCUCUUCAUCAGCUGGUUACCAGGCAACCUGAAAUGCUCAAGAAGCCGUUUUUUGUGGCUCCCGCCCUGACAUGUAAAAUGAGGAAAACACUGCAUGUAUGUUAAAAAGUAUAGUGUGUUGCGUUUAUGAAAUUAAUGAGCUGUUGCAGAGAAAACUACAAUUUUCUGUGUGCAAUAAAAUCAAAAAGUUGAAGGUUGCGUUCAAAUAAAACAUUCACAUGU